AUGUACCAGGCAAGCGUUGGCGGGCCAUCUCCUGAACAGCAGCAGUAUGACUUUGGCCCGUUGGAGACGUUCGCUCGAGAGGAGAAGGCGCGGCUCGGCAUUCAGACUCCUGCAAGCCCUACGGGCCCGCACAUUGGGCGCCCACCAAUGCCUGCGCCUCAUAGCCAGGGCCAGAGCGAGGCAGACCCAAGCCCGAGCGGAAGUCACUUCACGAUCCCGCGCGUGCGACAUCGCAAACUCUCGCAUAGCGCACCCACUCCGCGACGAGGGAAGCUUGCGCUCUUCGAACAGCCUGGGGCGGGGGCUGCACCACCAACGUCUGGCACGACCCUCAGUGCCGUACCGUCGUAUGACAAUGUCAACGACAUCAUGAACGGCACACCGUCGGCGGGUGGGGGUGCUCAUGGGCUCGGUGGGCCGGGAACGGGACACGACCGACCAUACCGUUUCUCUUUCUACUCGAACGCCUUGAGUGCGACUAUCCAUUCGCGAAGCCUCAGUGAGCUCCCAGCAGAGGGACAGAGCUUUGAGGAUAUGUUCUUUGGACGAGAGCCGGCCCCGCCAAAUGCUGCGGGACCGAGGCUAGGUAUGAACGGUAAACCAGGGUCAUACGCACCGACCAAUGUCGGGUCGAAUCCUGGCUCGCUGCUCACCUCGCCGAGGUUGAACGCCAUCGGUCCUGGGACCUCGAAGAUAUUUAGCGGCGGCGAGCGGAGACUACCGGGAGACGCGACGGCAGAUGGUUGUACAUGGUGGCUGGACGUGUUGUCGCCCACUGACGAGGAGAUGAAGCUACUCAGCAAGGUCUUCUCCAUCCAUCCAUUGACUACCGAGGAUAUCCAGAUGGAGGAAACUCGAGAGAAGAUCGAGUUGUUCCGAAACUACUACCUUGUGUGUUUCCGUGGCUUCGACCAGGACCCAUACAGCCCGACGUAUCUCGAACCACUCAACAUGUACAUUAUCGUCUUCCGUGAAGGCAUACUGUCGUUCCACUUCCGCCCGACCCCUCAUCCUCAGAAUGUUCGCCGGCGGAUCAAGCAGCUGAAGGACUACAUCAGCGUUACGUCAGACUGGAUCUCAUACGCUCUCAUCGACGACAUCACCGACGCCUUCGGACCCCUCAUCCAGAGCAUCGAGUAUGAAGUCGACAGCAUUGAUGAACUCGUACUUAUCCUCAAGGAGGCGGAGCAGAGCGACAUGCUGAGGAGGAUUGGUACCUGCCGUAAGAAGGUCAUGGGUCUGCUGAGGUUGAUGGGCAACAAGGCCGACGUCGUGAAGGGUCUCGCCAAACGAUGCAACGAGAACUGGCGUGUUGCACCAACAUCGGACAUCGGUCUCUAUCUCUCCGAUAUCCAAGACCACUUGAUUACGAUGACGCAGAAUUUGAAUCACUACGAGAAGAUCCUGUCUCGCUCGCACUCCAACUACCUCGCGCAGAUCUCGAUCGAGAUGACGGAGGCGAACAACCAAAUCAACGACGUUCUCUCGAAGCUCACUGCGCUCGGUACGGUACUCAUCCCCAUGAACCUCGUCACAGGUCUGUGGGGCAUGAACGUCCACGUGCCUGGGCAGGAUGUGCAAAACGGCUACGUGUGGUUCGGGUCUAUCAUCGGGGUGCUCGCUGCCUUUGCGCUCAUCGCGGGCUGGUCGACGUACAAACUGAUGGUACAUCGUUGA